AUGGCCGACCCACGAAGCGGUACGGACGGAGCCUCUACCGGAAGUCGGUUUUUUGAUCUGCCCCUCGAGGUCCGCCGCAAUCUCUACGAUUUGAUGCUCCGGCUUCCCUACCGUGACCAUCUGAACCUUCUGUGCGUGCACAAGCAGGUGUACGGCGAAGCAAGAGAAUCUUUCUACCAGAGGCCGCUCCACUGCGACUCUCAAUACGAUCUCAUCAAGUUUGUGGAGCGGUGGCCGGACAGCGUCCUGCGAAGCAUAAACAAUCUUCGGCUGCGCCUGGAAGAGAUUCGACCUGAGAUCAUGCAAGGGUACCUUGACGAGAUAUCCAGUGGCGACCCAGUGCUAAUCCAUCGGCAUCCAUAUCUCUUGGAAAUCAAACAGAUCACUUUUGCCCUCUCAGAACUGCCUUGCAUCUCACACCUGCGGCUGCUAAGGCCUGCCGGUCUUCAAACGAGUAUACCUUCAAGCAUCGUCAUGACACAUUUGCUCAACUGGACAGCCGAGCAUUAUCCUAGACUCCUUUCGUUGAGACUUGACGUCGAGCAGUGCCAUAUUGGCUGCCUCGGGUCUUUCACGGAGCUCAAGUCGCUUCAGGUGACUGGAUUUUCUGAGACCAGUCCGAUAAGGACAGCAGAUGUGCUCAGCAAGGUGACGAACCUUGAGGAGCUGAUGGUCGUGGGUCCGCCUCCGGGCCUGCAAAUGCUGCAACGACAUGGUAGCCAGACCAAGAUUAUCCAGUCCGUCAAUCAUCAGACAUUCGAACGUCUGAGACCGCUGAAACGUCUGACUCUCGUCCAACUUAUGGACUCAGGGAUAAGUGGGGACGUCUUUCUGAACCGGAAGACUAUGAAAGCACUUUAUGAAGUCCACGGGGAGAGCCUCCGUUCGCUUACGAUCUCCUCGACCACAAAUCCCACUUCGGCGUUCGUUGAAUACCUGUCGGCAUUCCUUCUAGGGACCACAAACAUGAAAGAGGUUCGCCUAAUGUGGCCUGAUAUCGAGACCGCCUUCGUCGACUGCAUACCCAACACGAUCUGGAAACUUGAACUAGCAGUGACGUCUCGGGACAAAGCACAGGCCAUCAUUGACCGGCUGGUGUUGAGGGAGUAUCGUCUGAAAUGCCUACAAUACGUCCAUUUUCACAUUAUCAAUCCAGUUCACGAGACGUCGGCUGAUGGGAAGGGGGACGGAUCGAGCCCUUUGGCUUUCGGCCUGCCGAUUCAACGUUUGGACGCGUAA